AUGUCCAUUCCCUUGACCCGACUGGGCGGCCGUGCCUUUAACGCCGACGAUCAUGGCGACGAUACGGAGCGCGAGUAUGACCGCUUGCGCGACCUCGCGCGCUCCGAAGCCGAGAAGCGCAACGCCUGCUUCGACAAGUCUCGCCAGGCCUACAGCGCCGGCGACGGCGCCCGCGCCAAGGAGCUCUCCAACGAGGGCAAGUCGCACGACGCGCGCAUGGACGACUACAACCGGCAGGCCUCGGACUACAUCUUUCGCGCCAACAAUGCCCCCGGCCGCGUCGACGCCGACGCCAUUGACCUGCACGGCCAGUUUGUCGAGGAGGCGGAGCGCAUCCUCGAAGAGCGCAUCCGCGCAGACCGCGCCCGCGGCCAGACGCACCUUCACGCCAUUGUCGGCAAGGGCAACCACUCGGCCGGCCACGUGCAAAAGAUCAAGCCCAAAGUGGAGGAGCUCUGCCGAGAAAUGGGCUUGCAGUGCCGCACCGAGGAGAAUGCGGGGAGGAUAUACAUUAACUUGCAGGGCGGCGAGCCGCUGCCGCCGCAGCACGGAGGUGGAGGCAAGCCUCAUGGAGGGCAGCACCAGCAGCAGCACGGGGGGCAGCACGGGGGGCAGCAACAGCAUGGUGGCCAGCAACAGCAUGGUGGUCAGCAACAGCACGGUGGACAACAGCACGGUGGCCAGGGGCAGAACCAGCAGCAGGACGACAUUGCUGCCAUGGUGGAAAAGGUCCUCCCUCGUAUCAUGCGCAAGCUCGAAAAGGCGUGCUGUACCGUCAUGUAG